AUGGCGGAUCGCUACUCGUUCUCGCUCACCACCUUCUCNCCCAGACCUUUGCUCAUGUCCUCCCAGAAUAUGCCCUCAACGCCGUCAACCAAGAAGUCAUCCUCGCCUCUCAUCGAUGCCGCCUCUGGAAGCAAAAUCUCCCUCAUCACCCCAAACAUUGGUACCGUCUACGCCGGCAUGGGUCCCGACUACCGCAUCCUCGUCGACAAGGCUCGCAAGGUCUCGCACACAAACUAUAAGCGCGUCUACAACGAAUANCCNCCCACUCGCAUUCUGGUCCAGGAUGUCGCCCGUGUCAUGCAAGAGGCUACCCAGUCAGGUGGCGUGCGGCCGUAUGGUGUCAGUUUGUUGGUUGCUGGAUGGGAUGACGGUAUCGAGCCCGAGACCGAGGCUGCCGAUGCUGGUGAUGAUGUGGAAAAGAAGGCUAUCAAGGGCAAGACUGGCGGUAUCCUCAAGGGUGGUCCUUCGCUGUACCAGGUCGAUCCCAGCGGUUCCUACUUCCCCUGGAAGGCUACUGCCAUCGGAAAGAGCGCCACUUCGGCAAAGACUUUCUUGGAAAAGCGCUACACAGACGGUCUCGAGCUUGAAGAUGCCAUCCACAUUGCUCUCCUCACACUCAAGGAAACUAUCGAGGGCGAGAUGAACGGUGACACCAUCGAGAUUGGUAUCGUUGGUGCACCUGCCGACCACCUUCUCGGUGUUGAGGGUGUCGAGGGUGCUCAAGGUCCUCGUUUCAGAAAGCUCAGUUCGCAAGAGAUUGAGGAUUACCUGACGAGUUUGUAG